UUUCCAUUAGAGCAAGAGGGAGAGAGAGACGCACAGAGAGACACAGAGAGGGAGAGAUGGAAGUAUACGGCAACAGAAGAGACGACAUGGCUGACUCCCCAACCAAUUCUCAGCAAACUGUUUCCGAUGAUGAUGAAAUAGACUACUCUGUUAAACCAGAGUUCUAUGAUCCCAUUCUUGAUGAUAAAGAUGAAUUAUGGGUUCAGAAGAGAAGAAGAGGUUGCAACUCUGAUGCUGUACUUAGCUGCCCAGCUUGUUUCACAACUCUUUGUCUAGAGUGCCAAAGGCAUGAAAAAUAUGUCACCCAGUACAGGGCUGUUUUUGUUAAGAACUGCAAGAUUGGUAGUGACCAAGUCUCGCAGCAUAACAAUCCUGAACCGAGAAGAGCGAAAAGAGGAAGGAAAUCUGGUGAGAGUGAAGCAGGCUCCGCCGGAGGUGAAACACUGCAUAAAGUAAGCUGCUCAGUUUGCUCAACAGAGGUUGGCAUUAUUGAUGGAGAUGAGGUUUAUCAUUUCUUCAAUAUUCUUCCAAGUGAGUCUUGACAUGCCAACUUUCAUUACAAGUUCCCUGUAUGUUCUGAGUUUCAUUUUAACACAGGGUUACUGCAUCGUUACCAACAUUUCAAAGGAAAUGCCUUAUAACUAUAUAUACUGGGCGAGUUUGGGAUUUAUAUUUCAAGAGAAUCGAAUUUGGUAUGGAUUUGAGGUGGGAGAAUCUAGUGGAGUUUGGGUUUAGGGAGAGCUUCUCCAACCCAAACCUGGUAAGGUGAGUCGUUAUUAUAGGUUCAGCCCAUCGCAGUGUAAAGAGAAUUGGAAAGGAUUAAAAAGAUGGAUAGUGAGGGGAGGCCAAAACGCCCUUUAUAAAGAGGGGUAGUCCUCCCUCACCAGUUAGGAUUGGCCAACGACUCACCACCUUUUUUUCUUUUA